AUGGCCGAGUCUUUUCUUAUCGACAUUGCAGAAAAUGUUUUCAGGAAGUUGGGCUUUCUUGCUCUUGAAGAAUUUUCCUUCGCAUGGGGACUCAGAAGCGAUCUUGAAAAAAUUAAAAAGAUCUUAGUCGUCAUCAAUGCCGUGCUUUUCGACGCCGAGCAGCAUCAGUUACGGAGUCAACAGAUAGAGUUUUGGCUGGGGAUGCUCAAAGAUGUCCUUUAUGAUGCAGAAGAUGUGGUGGAUGAGUUUGAAUGUGAAGCCUUACGAAGGAAAGUGGUCGAGUCAGGGAACACCACACGAAAGGUACGCCGAUUCUUUUCUAGCUCUAAUCCACUUGCAUUCCGCUUUAGAAUGGGACACAAACUAAAGAAGAUUAGAGAGAGGGUAGCUGAAAUCGCUGCUCUUAAGUCUGAUUUUGGUCUCACCGAGAGGAUUUUCGAUAGGCAUGUCAUUCAUAGGGAGAGGGAGAUGACCCACUCCUUUGUGGAUGCUUCUAAUGUCAUUGGGAGGGACGAAGAUAAAGAGAACAUCAUUGAAAUGUUGCUGCAAUCUUUUGAUAGCAAAAAUGUCUCCAUUAUUCCUGUAGUUGGAAUAGGUGGUCUGGGGAAAACUACACUUGCUAAGUUGGUGUUCAAUGAUCAAAGGGUGAUUAGUCAUUUCGAGGAGAAACUAUGGGUGUGUGUUUCAGAAGUCUUUGAAUUAGAAAAGGUUAUAAUUAAAAUUCUGAGCUCUGCAUCUCCUGGUCAAAGAUAUAUGGAUCUGGAUAUAGACGAGCUGCAAAGAGCCUUGCGACAGGCUUUGGAUGGAAGGAAAUAUUUACUCAUCCUAGAUGAUGUUUGGAGUGAGGACCCUAGAAAAUGGCUGGAAUUAAAAGCUUUGUUAAUGAGAGGUGCUAAUGGAAGUAAAAUUUUAGUCACCACUCGAAGCAGCCGUGUUGCUUCCAUUAUGGGCACAGACUCUGCAUACGAUUUGAAUGAUCUUCCUUACCAGCAUUGCUUGUCUUUGUUUUUUAGAAGUGCAUUUAAGGGUGAGCAAGAAAAACAAAAUCCAAACCUGAUAAGAAUUGGGGAAGAAAUUGUGAGAAAAUGCAAGGGAAUUCCAUUGGCAGUGAUAACUCUGGCAACUCUGCUGUACUCUGUAACCGAUGAACAUGAUUGGGAAUUUAUAAGAGAUAAUGAAAUAUGGAAAUUGGAACAGAAAGAAAAGGAUAUUUUGCCUGCUUUAAGAUUGAGUUAUGAACAAUUGCCAUCUCACUUAAAAAGAUGCUUCGCUUAUUGUUCAGUUUUUCCAAAGGAUUACAUAUUUUACGAUCCUGAAUUGGUUUAUACUUGGAUGGCACAAGGACUUGUUCAAUCUUGCAAUGAAAAUGAAGAGUUAGAAGAUGUUGGCUUUCGCUAUUUUAAGGAGUUAUGUAAUAGAUGUUUCUUUCAAGAUUUUAGGGAGGAUCCAGGCGAUGUUCAGUGUAAAAUGCAUGAUCUAAUGCAUGAUCUCGCAUCAUCAGUGACACAAAAUGAAUCCUCAGCAAUAAUCUCCAGCUCUCAACAGGUUUCCAAAAACGUUCGAUACUUACCUUUUCUUUAUCCUGAAUUACUUCCUGAGGAUCUUCCUAUACCCUUUCAAAACCUUGAUCAGGUGCGAACCAUUUCUUUUUUAAAUGAAAGGAGAGAAGGGGUUAGUAGUGAAGUAUUCAUUGAUGCAUGUUUCUUAAGAUGUCAGUACUUGAGAGUCGCGGAUUUGGCUUAUUCAAAGUUUGAGUUACUACCGAGAAGAAUAGGCAAUUUGAAGCAUUUGAAAUAUCUUAGUUUAUGGAACACUUUUUUCCUCAAAAGACUUCCUAAUUCCAUAUGCAAGCUACAAUGCUUGCAAGCGCUAGUACUUGGUGGAUGUGACGAACUUGAGGAGUUGCCCAGAGAUAUGAAGAACAUGGUUAACCUUAGAUUGCUUUGGAUAACUACAAAGCAAAAGUAUUUACCACCUGGAGGAUUGGGUUGCCUAAAGUCUCUUCGAUUUUUGUUCAUUACUGGUUGCGAAAAUCUACAAUAUUUGUUUGAAGACUUGCAUGGCCUGACAAAUCUUCGAAGAUUGUUCAUUGGUGGUUGUGACAGUUUGAUCUCCUUGCCGCAAAGUAUUAAAUUCCUAACAACAUUAAAGAUUCUCAAUAUUGCCAAUUGUGAAAACCUUGAUUUGGCAAUGGAGGAAGUAGAAGAUAAUCAACACCCAAGUCCAUUCAGUCUCCAAAAAUUAGAGAUCAUUAACAUACCAAAAUUAUUGGAAUUCCCACCAUGGCUGAUUCGAGAAUCAAUCAACAGUUUAAAAGUCUUGAAAAUUACAGAUUGUGACAACCUUAGAGAAUCACCAGAACCUCUACAAAACAUUGCAACACUCGAAGAACUUUUGAUCUAUGGCUGUCCUAUGUUAAAUAAUGAACGCCUACAGAAUAUAUUAGGUCCAAUUCAAUUAUUGUUGUAG